CAUUAACCCUGUACUCAUCUCAACAUCUUCUCCUUUCUCCUCCAAAACAGAAGGUCGCCGAUAUAGCAUUUUUCCUUUAGUCUCCCCAUUUCUUACACCAGUGGAGCUUAUUUUUUUCUACUCCAUAAAUCCAAUUUUUUUAAUAUAUAUAUAUAUUUUUUAAUUAUAUUUGUUUUUGUCUUUUUGUUAUCAUGCUUUGAGAAUUCACCUGCAAUGCUAAUUUCCCUAUUCUGCUCAAUCAAGCUUCGUAUUGGUGCUUAAUGAAGCUUACGAGGUGAUUAGUAUUCUGAUUUAGGUUGAGCUACAGUAUCUGGAAUUUGUAGAGUUGGGUUCUGGAAGAGGAAGCUAUGUGCCAUUUGUUUUUUGGAUUGAAGAGGGUUUUUCACUGUUCAGCUAUUGCACCUGCCUUAUUAUUAUUAUUAUUGUUAUUAGGCUGUUUGAAUCUAAUUGACAGGUAGUGUCUAGAUGAACGUUGAUGGAGUUGGGAACAAAGAUUUGAGGGAAGUUAAUCAUCAGAUGCGAAGUGUGAACAAGAGAGUUAAGGAUGGUGUUGUAAAUGAGGAGAACAAUUUAGCUGAAGAUGAUGGUUUGAAAGUAAAUGGCACUGCUGGAAACAUAACAGCUGGACAUGUGGGGGCUUCUCAGGCCCCACCAGCUGCACUGCAACUAUCCCAGCAACAGCAGUCUCAAGGAGCAAUGGUUUGUUGGGAGAGGUUUCUCCAUCUGAGAACCCUCAAGGUCCUGCUGGUGGAAAAUGAUGAUUCUACGCGUCAUGUUGUCACUGCCCUGCUUCGCAAUUGCAGUUAUGAAGUCAUUGACGCUGCAAAUGGAAUACAAGCAUGGAAGAUAUUAGAAGAUUUGACUAAUCACAUUGACCUUGUCUUAACUGAGGUAGUCAUGCCUUGCUUAUCUGGCAUUGGUCUUUUGUGCAAGAUUAUGAGCCACAAAACACGCAAGAACGUUCCUGUCAUCAUGAUGUCGUCUCAUGAUUCAAUGGGCUUAGUCUUUAAGUGUUUGUCAAAAGGUGCUGUUGAUUUUUUAGUGAAGCCUAUACGAAAGAACGAACUUAAGAACCUUUGGCAGCAUGUUUGGAGAAGAUGCCAUAGUUCUAGUGGUAGUGGGAGUGAAAGUGGCACGCAAACUCAAAAAUCUGUAAAAUCAAAAAGUGUUGACAAGUCUGACAACAACACUGGCAGUAAUGAUGAAGACGGUAAUGGAAGCAUCGGCUUAAAUGUUGGGGAUGGAAGCGAUAAUGGGAGCGGGACCCAGAGCUCUUGGACAAAACAAGCUGUAGAGGUUGACAGUCCACAGCCUGUGUCUCCAUGGGAUCAAGUUGCUGAAUGUCCUGAUAGCACCUGUGCACAAGUUGUACACUCAAAUGCGGAAAUAUCAUGGAAUAAACAGGCUCCUGUAAUGACUAAAAAAGAGCACGAAGAAAAGGAGGAACAACUUGACAAUGCAAUCGGUAAAGAACCAGAGAAGGCUGUGCCAGGAAAUCUAGAUUUACAACUUGAAUACCAGGUUGAAGAUUCAAUCAAACUUAUAGGUGCAAAACAAAAGAGUCUACUUGAGAAGGGAUCUGGUAAAUUGAUGGAGCAAAUAGAUAAAGCACAGCUGGAUCUCAAUAGUGAGAGUCCAUCAAGAAAAUUAAAAUAUGAAGCUGUCAAUCUGACUGGUUUCCCCACUGAGACUACCGAUCCCCAUUUGGACAGCACAGAGUCUGAGGCUUCAAAACAUUCCAAGAUCUUAGAUAUAAAAAAUAAAUCCUCCGGUGAUGCUAAAGAGACCCCGCCCCUUGAACUUAGUUUAAAAAGACUUAGAGAAGUUAAGGAUGUCGGGACAGCAGUUCUGGAAGAUCGUAAUGUCUUAAGACGCUCAGAUUCCUCAGCUUUUUCUAGGUAUAAUGCAGCCUCACAGGCAAACAAGGCUUCUGGGGAAAACAUUAGAAGUGGCCCUCCACAUGAUUCUAGUUUAGCUGUUACUAGAAAAGGAUCAGUUUGUGAUCUGCAGUCUCAUUCAAAUGGUGAUCAUCCUAAUCAAUGCUCAAAUGUUGGUAGCAAUAACAUUGAUAUGGGCUCCACCACAAAUCACGCCUUCACUGAGUCAGCAGUCUUGAACAAUAAGUCAGCAGGAUCAUCCACAAUGAAAUAUUUGCACCCACAUUCUAGUUUUCAGUCUAUGAAAGGUGAUCCGCUAUGUGCUCAGCAGAUUCUACCAGAGAAGGCUGAUGAUGCUGCCAGUACAAUGAUGAUGACUCAACCGAGAAGCACCAUUCAGGAACUCCAAAUUCAGCAUCUCACUAACCAUAACGAUCACCAUCAUCAUCUUCUCCAUAACAUGCAAUCGCAACAGCAACUGACACCACCUGGUCAUGAUGAUUCAUCAUUGAAGAAAAUGGCUGCAGUUGUUCCACAUUGUGGGUCAUCCAAUAUGUUGGGUGGGCCUGUUGAAGGUAAUGGUGGCAAUUAUAGCAUCAAUGGAAGUGCUUCAGGUAGCAACCAUGGGAGCAAUGGACAAAAUGGGAGCAGCACUGCCGUUAAUGCUGGAGGUACUAACAUGGAAAGUGAUAAUGGGAUUGCUGGUAAAACUGGAAGUGGUGAUGGUAGUGGGAGUGGGAGUGGGGGCGGAAACAGAAUAGAUCAAAACAAGUUCUCUCAAAGAGAAGCUGCCCUGACCAAAUUUCGGCAGAAGAGGAAGGAGAGAUGCUUCCGGAAAAAGGUUCGGUACCAAAGCAGGAAGAGAUUAGCUGAGCAACGACCGCGUGUGCGAGGACAAUUUGUUCGCCAGACACCAAAUGAAAGCACAAGCAGAUCGGCAGAGAACUAAUUGGCCUCUUAAUCUGAUAGUUAAAAACAAACGAAGUAUUUGGGGCAUAGGUGGCUUGACAUAACUAGAUAGAGAACUUCAACUGUAUUCUAUUGAUGUAAACUAUAAUUGCUGUACGCGAUGUGUUGAUAAGAACUUUUAACUUCGAACUUUUAGAGGAAGCUAUUCACCAUUGAAUAGGCUUUCCUUAUGCAAUAAAUUGGCAUAUAUAUUCUGUGUGUUGGUUGUCUCACACUUACAAACAAUGGAUUGUUUGAUUUGUGACAAUCAAAAAAUGGAAAAACGAUGUGUUUUACUA